AACGUGAUUGCUGCUUCGGAAGCAGAAACGUGUAAACGCUAUAAAACGCGGUGGCGCGGCGGGCAGCUCAGAGCGUGCGGCGAGACGGAGCCCUCUUCUUCAUCCUCCUCCUCCUCCUCACCCUCUGCUGCCGCCGCCCCGGCAGCCGCGCAGCGGAGCAGGGCGCACUCCCCCAGCAUCGCUCCGCUCCGCGCCCGCCCGGCCAGACCCACCGACGGACUCGCGGCUCCGUGGCGGCCAUGGAGCACCGCGGCGCCUCCCCGCUCCUCCUCGCCCUCGCCCUCCUCAGCGCCCUCUGCUGGCGGGCGCGGGCGCUGCCCCCGCGAGGCGCCGCCUUCCCUCCCGUCCCGCGAUUGGGAAACAGAAUGCCAUUUGAUGGAGCCAGUGAACCUGACCAUGCCCGUGGGACAUUAAAAUCAGAAUCAGAUAUUUUGCAGAACACACUACCUGAAAAUGAGAAAUUCUAUUUUGAUCUGUCCAGAAUUAUUGAUAGCUCCCAGGACAGUCCUGUCAAACGCCACUCCGAUGCUGUCUUCACCGACAACUACAGCCGCUUUCGAAAGCAGAUGGCUGUGAAGAAAUACUUAAACUCAGUUUUAACUGGAAAAAGAAGCCAGGAAGAGCUAAAUCCUGCUAAACUUCGAGAUGAAGCAGAACUUCUUGAACCAUCCUUUUCAGAAAACUACGAUUCUGUAGAUGAGCUGCUGAGCCACCUCCCACUGGACCUCUGAAGGACACCUGGUAAAGUCUAUGACGAGAACAAGCUAUUUUUGAGUUCCACAUAGUAUUUCAAAGAGAUGACUUUAGUCAUCAAACCAGAACAAAUAUGUUGUGAAGUGAAAGUUGUGAUAUAUUUGUUUCUUACGUAAUAAAAGUUGAUAUUUACAUUGUAAAUAUUACUCUAGCAUUCUCUACUGAAAGCUGUACAUAUGGAUGCCAGUUUAACUCAUAAGAAGUCUGUGAGUCCAUAUGCUGUAAAUCCUUUACUUCAAUAAAUUCAUUUGAAAAUGAGUGUGCAGCUGAAAA